AUGGACUCCUUUCAGAUUAAAGGGAUUCAUUUUUGUGUGAGUGACCAUCAUUAAGCCAAAGAAGCUCGCAAUUAGGUGUUGUAGGAUUCUGUGAGUUAGAAUAAAGUAAAAGCAAUAGUGCAAGAGAUAGAAGGUCUAGAGAAUCAGAAUCCGUUUUGGUAUUCAGACUUGGCGAUAUAUUUGAACAUUGAUGAAAUUCAUAUAACAGGGGGUUUGAUUGAUCAUUCAUAGAAUGUUAGCAUUGUGAAUCAAUAGGUACGAAUUACCAAACAUGUUUAUUUUAAGAAUCUGAUAAACAAAGAACUUAUGAUAACAAAUAUAUUCACUUCAUCUCCUCUUUUAAAGGUAGAUUUUGAGAAGAUCGUUUUACCAUCCAAUUCAACCACAUAAAAAACUAAAGUUUGCACUAUGAUUUAUGAGCAGCCACUUUCAGAAAUCCGAUCAAAAACCUUUGAAAUUUGGUUGGCAGUAGAGAUAGCCUAUUUUUUAAGAGUGCCAGUUAAGUUGAUAGUCUACGAUAAACACUUAAUGUGUUAGACAAAGUUAUUAGGUCAAUGUAGUGUCUAAGGAUAGCAUUCAACAGUUGAAUUCAAUAAUUUAGGCAUUUAUUAACAAUACACAAAAAUAUUCUCGUUUUAUAAUCCGAAUCCUGUCAAAAUUGAUGUUUCUUAUAAAUAAAAUGAAAGGAAAAAGAAUCAAAUAAGAGUGCUAUUGGCAAAUCGAAAUGAUAUCAAAUCAGCUUCAAAGCGUAAAUUUUCAUUUGAAAUGUAACCUUAUACAAGGACUGAAUUGAAAGUCAUAAUCAAUACAAAUUACUAUGAAAUAUUGUCCAAUAGCAAAUUAACUUUUAGAACUUAAUAUGAAAUCAUAGAAGUUGAUGUGACUUAUUCAGUCUAGAAGGGAUCAGUCAAUUAUUAUCCUUCUGUGAUUACAUUGGAUCCAGGAAUGACAACAAAGGUGCAGCAAUUUGAUAUCUAUGUAAGAAGCACUUUCAGCCAAAAAAUUCAAUUGCUCUAAGUUGAGAAUCAAUAAAUAAAGCAUCAGAAUAUAUCUUUACUUACAAUGGCAACUAAUAUUGCUACUAAUUCUAGAUCAGACAUUCUUCAUGUGGAUUACAUGGGUAAAUAAAAUUUCUACUCUGAUUCUAAAUAUCACAAGUAGUAGGCAAAAGAAUUACUGAACUCCUUUGGACGCAACAAAAUAAAGAUUUAAACUGAUGUGUUGUAAGAUUCCGAGAUUCUCAUCAAUUAUAAGUCAAAUCAAAAAUUUAAUGAAUAAAUCUUAAAGAAAAUCAUUAAAUAAGAUCCAAAGAUACUGAUCUCUUAAUAAACAGUUGUUAUGUCAGAGUAACCGAAUAUUUUCUUUAUAGUAAUCUCAAUCCUCAAUAUGUUGUACAUUGCUACUUUGUUAAGAAAUAAUGUUGUAAAAUCGAAGGAGUUAAAAAUUACCAUCGAUAGUAAUUUUUCUUAGGAAUAGAUUGAUUUUCAAUCUAUUUUUAAGACUCCAGAAUGUAUUUAAUUGCAAAGCAAAUCUGAAACGAAUGAGGUGGUUUCUGACAAAGCAGAUGAAAUAUAAGACAUGAUAAUAGCUGAAGACAUUAUGAGUAAGGAGAACAUCAUUUACACUAACUUAUAAUCCCAGAUAGAUGAGAGUUCUUCUCAUUUCAGUCAAGGAGAGAGUUUGGAUGAUGAUUAAAUUUCAGAAUAUCAGGAGAAGGUAGUGGAAUAGAAGAAGGUUCCAAAUCAAAAGAAUUUCAAUCUAUUUUAGCGAGUGGAAUUCACUAUACCAACAUAACUCACUAUGAAUACUCAAUCCUCUUAGGAAUGUUGGGACACCAAGGAUCCAAUAUUUUUACCAUAAGAUUCUGAUGAAGAGAUGUUGGACAAGAAUAGUGUUUAGAGGUUGGAAUCAAUGUUGAAUCAGAUUCAACACAAGUUGCCUCAAUUUGAGCAAAGCACACUAAAAUUGCCAUUAAAAUGGAAUGAAAAUAAUUAGAUAAAUCCAUACUUUCCAAAACCCCCUCCAGGAAUUUGA